UCGAGCCAUCUGCUUGACGCGAAGGUGUACAGUUUGUCCCAAUGUGCUUCCCCUGUACGCUCGCCUUCCUGCGGAUAGCCGAUUAAUCUAAAGGUAACAUCCCGAGCGUUACCAGUGACUGUCAUGAAUCUGAGGUUGAAAACGUUACUCACCGGAUUUUGUUUGUUCAGCUUCGUUUCUGCUACAAUACUCUUCUGCCUUCUCCACCGGCACAACACAAGCAAGACAGUGGACAAAAAGGUGGGCAAACAAAUUUUUCACGGCGCCCUCAGUGCAAACAGGAAAGAGGAUUUUCGCAGGAUAGCUGUCAACGACGCAUCAGAAAUAUCAGCAGACCUUUCCGCUGCAAGCACGAAUGCCAUAGUUGGUCAUGCGUAUCAGGAUGUAACCGAAUGCUUUUCGGAAGGAACUAUCUCAGGAACGAGAAGCUCGACAUGCGUCUGCAAAAAGGGCUGGAAUGGGCUGGACUGCUCCAUUCCGGACGCCGUUUGGUUUACCGAAGCCUUCGAAAUUUGGUAUUCCAUGGGCAAUAUUCGACGCCGUUCGAGGCCGCGCACUAUAAUCAGCGGAAUGGUAUUCAACCACGAGUUAGACCUUCUGGAAAUCCGCGUAAAAGAGCUGGGCGAUGCUGUCGACUACUAUCUCGUUGUCGAGUCAACUUACGCCUAUUCCGGCGUGGAAAAGCCACUCCACCUCCGAUCGAACUUGAGUGCCGGAUUUCUGCGUGAGCAUGCGCACAAGAUUGUCCCGAUAUCGGUGGACUUCUACAACUACGACGAUGGCAAUCCGUGGGGCCCCGAAAACUACCUCCGUACAUCCGUUUGGUACGAAGGUCACCGUCGUCUCAAAAACAUCAGCGAUGACGACCUUUUCAUCAUGUCCGAUGCUGACGAGAUACCUAGCCGAGACGUGGUGCUCUUCCUGAAACAUCAUGACGGAUACGGUGAACCGAUAUUAUUGAGCCUGCGAUGGUUUAUGUACGGCUUCUUCUGGGAGAACAGUGUGCCGGUGAAUGUCAGUGGUGUGUGCACGGUAGCCUUUAUGCGAGAAGUCUACGGAAACGACUCGCUGCGUCUCCGUUCGGAGACAACCUUUACGACCACCUACGUGAAUAACAUGUGGAACACGGGGACGUUCAGUGAAAUGUGGAUCAUACAGGGCACAUCACCACGAUACGCAGGGUGGCAUUGUUCAUGGUGUUUUGAAGCGGAAGGCAUACAGGUCAAGCUGGCAGCAGCGCAGAGGGACGACGGAGUGCGCUGGGGUGACAUCGCCGAGAAAACGGACAUCGGAUACAUCAACUCACUCAGGAAGACGGGAUAUUUCUUCGACGAUAGCGGGCCACUCGAACGCUGUGACGCGUACGAUGCGGCUCCAGGAUACGUCAGGGAAAAUGCCGAACGAUUUAGGUGGCUGAUGCGACCAUAGAAUCACAGGGCCAAUAUAUUAUGUACAUAGUGUCCUCUUCUCAAAUAAAAGAAAGCUUAUCGUAUGAAAUCACUGAAUAAAACAUC